CCUUCUCUCUGGUCACACUCAGCUUGUGCCUCGUCGUGCUUUUGCGACAACGCGGUGUUCUGCUGAAUUGCCAAAACAAUUCCGAAUUGACCAACCACUACACUCGGUGGCGAGUCAAGCAGUUACAUCACGAUCUCCGGGAAGAGUCAAUGUCUGUAGCCAACAUCAAAUUCCAAAGUGAGACUUGACUCUGACCGUAUACAAACGCUCGCGGACGAAACUUGUAAAGCUCUACGCGUACCGAUUCAUUGUUAAAAACGGGUGGGCGUGUGUUGUUCGUUGCAAAUAUGCAAAGCAUAAUAAUCACUUGUUGCAUUUAAUUUCAAUAACCGCAUAAUAAAUGUGUUAAAAGACAAGUAAACGGAUUUUUAGAACUGUUUUUUUUUUACUUCAUUAUUUUGAAACAAGGCGAAUUUACUUGAAAUAAGUAAAAAUCUGCACAUGUUCAUUAGCCGUGAAGAUCCCCAAAACAAACAGCGGCUAGUAUUGAGUUGCCUGUUUUUAAAUAUCCAGCAUCGAUGCGACUAGUCGUGGCGGAAGGAACGAGUCUUCGCAGAACGAGUUUGGCAUUCGCGGCAAGUGUUUCCGUCUACGAACUAUGAUCGAACUCGCGUAACUAUUGUAUAGGUCUCAGAGGUGAUUAACCAUCGACGGCCAAUCGAAUGACGCAUGUCCUUCCCGAAUAAUUCCAUCAAUUUCUAUACCUAAGCCGCGUGUACCGGACGUUGAUGAACUUCCAACGGCACUCAAGCAACGGCGCUGAAAGUGUUACGAAAUAUCUACGUACGUGAAAAAAGGACGGAGAAGCGGUGCGACAGUUGUUAAAAGUUAUUAAUCCAACGAAGGUGAAAGUGAAACUACGUGAAACUACAUUGUGCCGAGUAUAAGGGAGAAUUGAAACACCUGUUAAUAAUUGUGCUUAAAAUGGGUGCGCAAACAUAAACUAGUCACCGUAAAAGAACACUUUUCAUCAGACAUUGUAUAAACCAAGAGAGUCCAGCUAUGCCUACGGUCAGACCGUGGACAGUUAUAAUAGUGGGACUAACCGUCUCCCAUUUUUCGAUUGCCUUUGCCGGGGCAAAAGAUGAGAGUAUAUGGAAAACGCAGAGGUCCGGAAAGGAGAUCGAUGCCCAGGUGGAGCUCGUCUACGAAAAUGACAGCGGAAGCAUGCUUCCGUUGUUGUCGAGAGAUCUGACUCUUCUGGGCCAGGCCGUCGACAUGAUAAGCAACGACGCCUGCAAGGAUCAAUGCAAGUCGAUGAUGGCGGGAAUUCACAACCUGACGUCAUGGGCCGUAAAGUUUUACGACGCGUCGGGAAAAUUUCCCGAAGGAGUACUCGGCGGAUCCUUGUACCAGCUGGGAAAUUUCGACGAAUGCCUUCAGAUCGGCCCUCUCGACGACGCACCUCUGGGGGUCAACGGACAGUAUUGCCUCGGGGAGGUGGGAAUCGGCGUGCCUGAUCUUUACCGUAAUCGAAAUGGCACUAUUUGGAAGGAUUUUGGCCCUCCGUUGGAGAGGUCCGAUGUUGUGGUGACGAAACUCUAUUGGGGAAUCUGCGUACCAGCGGCUUGCGAACCCCAAGACGUGGAGGAUGUGGUUCGGUCCGUUUUGGCGGUAGCCUUCAGCGGCUCUCGUUUGAAAUUGACGCCAAGGAUACCGGAGGGUUCUUGCUACAAGAGAACGUCUGAGAGCUACAACAAUCUGGACAUUGCUUACACAUGGUUAAUAUUCUCACUGAUAUUCCUCCUAUUUGCGGGAACUGCGUUUCACCUAACGUAUCUUAUAAGGAAAAAGAAUAUACCUGAAGGUAUGCUGCCCGAAGCGCUCAUGGGAUUCUCUGUGAUAUUGAAUAUGAGAAAACUGAACAGCAGUCCGAAAAUGGAAGAGAUAGAUCUGAGCUGUAUUUCUGGUAUCAAGGUGAUCGCGAUGCUGAUAAUAAUCACGGGACACUCACUGAUAUUUAUCAUCAGCGGUCCUGUAUUGAAUCUAAAAUUUUGGCAAGUUGCUGUGACAAAAGUGGAAAAUGCAGUAUUCCUCAACAACCCUCUUUUGGUAGAUACGUUCCUGUUGCUGAGUGGAUUUCUCAUCACUAGCCUCGUCCUCAAUCAACUCAACAAAGGAUACUCCAUCAACUUCCUCUUCGUAUAUCUUCUACGUUACAUAAGAUUGACACCGGCGUACUUCGUGGUCGUUGGAUUCUACAUGACUUGGUUCUCAAAACUGGGCUCUGGUCCAAUGUGGUCUCGCGUUUACCUGGAACAAGAGCGAUGCCUGGCUUCAUGGUGGUCCAACAUUUUGUACGUCAACAAUUACGUGAAAACUGACCAAUUGUGCAUGUUCCAAUCCUGGUACCUGUCCGUCGACACGCAGCUCUUCGUGCUUGCUCCACUGGUGAUUUAUCCCCUGCACAAAUGGCGUAAAGUUGGAGAGUUCAUUCUAGCGGCGGUUACAGCUGUGUCAGUUGUCAUACCAUUCGUCAUAACGUUAACGAACAACUUGGACCCGACGUUACUGGUCUACAGCGACGAGAUGUCGGACUUGUCAACAAAUUACUUUUUCAUAACGAGCUACGUCAAAACCCACAUGAGGGCGUGCUCGUACUGCUUUGGAUUAGUUUUCGGAUACGUAGUACACCGAAUACGACUGUCAGAUUACAAACUGUCAUCGACGACGGUAACAAUCGGAUGGCUGUUCGCGAGCUUGUCUCUCAUAGGCUCCAUGUUCACAAUCGUGAUUUUUUAUGGACCUCUGAAAAACUUCAAGCCAGUCGAAGCUGCACUCUACGCGUCCUUGCACAGAGUCUUCUGGAGUCUGGGUACAGGAUGGGUUAUCUUAGCCUGCGUUACUAAAAACGGAGGUGUCGCGGCAAAGAUACUCCAGUGGCGGCCAUUCUUACUCCUCAGUCGUUUGACCUAUUGCGCUUACCUGAUGAAUGGAGUGGUCGUCUUAGGGAACGUGGCUUCCACUCGGAGCCCACAGUACCUAGAUUUCGUUGCUUUGUGUCAACAAUGCGCAGCCCAUUGGGUGGUCACGUUCGUUGGCGCUCUGGUAUUAUCCAUGACGUGCGAAUCUCCAAUACUUAGACUGGAAAAACUCUUCUUGCCACGAGGGAGACAAAAGGCAAAUACCGACAGGAAAAAUGAGAGCCAAGAUACCAAUACUACAGACGCCUGAUACAAAAUAAAACCGUACUUUUAAAGAG